GAAACUGCCUUGAAACUUCUGAUGAAACUUUGUGAUCUUGAGUUUGCGCUCUGUAACGGAUAUCGGGCGCUAUAUAUACUGAAGAAAUUGUGAUAGCCAUGAGGUUGCGAAAACCAGCGGAGAUAGCUAUCUGUGAUCAAGAAGCCUAUCAGUCUGUCUCCAAGACCCACAAACGAAGGUGGCGGUUGGCUUUCACGGUCAUCUACUUUACAAGGGCUCUUACUUCAAUUCCCAAGAAAUUGGUUCUUGACAAGAAGGGCCCUGUUUUGCGCUCCCUCUCUUACGUUGCUAUCGAGGUGCAACCGCCCAUCGACGAGGAUAUUUCCUCGGCCGACCAGCCCGCUAAAUUUCUCAACGUUGAUCCAAAUAAGUUUGCUGAGAUGGUAAGGGACAAAAACUUUGAAUCUUUGAGUCAGUUUGGAGGGGUUAAAGAAAUUGCGUUAAUUCUUCGAACUGAUAUAAAAGAUGGUGUUAAUGGUAGCGAGGCUCAUCUUAAUCAAAGAAAGAAUGUUUUUGGUGUUAAUAAAUUCCUAAAGCCACCAGCAAAAAGAUUUCUUAGCUUCUUGUUAGAGGCAUUUAAAGAUAAAAUAAUUCUUAUACUUGUCGGGUGUGCUGUACUCUCGCUUGCUUUCGGUAUCAAACAACAUGGCUGGAAAGAUGGGUGGUACGAUGGUGGAAGUAUUAUUGUUGCUGUCUUUUUGGUUGUCAUUGUGUCAGCGGUGAGCAAUUUUCGACAAUCAGGGCAAUUUGAGAAGCUUUCAGAAAAGAGUAGCGAUAUAAGAGUGGAAGUUGUGCGAGAUGGGAGGCGCCGACCAAUAUCGAUCUUUGAAGUUGUUGUGGGUGAUAUUGUGUAUUUGAAGAUUGGUGAUCAGAUUCCCGCGGAUGGUUUGUUCUUGGAAGGGCAUUCCUUGAAGGUGGACGAGUCAAGCAUGACAGGGGAAAGCGACCACAUUGAGAUCAAUGAAAGGACUCCUUUUAUGUUGUCAGGCACGAAGGUGACUGAUGGCUUUGGUUUCAUGCUGGUCACUUCUGUCGGCAUGAACACUGCAUGGGGUCAGAUGAUGAGUUCAAUAAACCGCGACUUGAAUGAGGAGACGCCAUUGCAGGCUCGCCUCAACAAGCUGUCUUCGUAUAUUGGGAAGGUUGGGUUGUUGGUGGCUGCACUUGUUCUUUUAGUUCUACUAAUUCGAUACUUUACAGGAAACACGAAGGAUGACAUGGGAAAAAGGGAAUUCAAUGGCAGCCAUACAGACUCUGGUGACAUUAUGAAUUCAGUUGUGGGAAUUGUUGCUGCUGCUGUCACUAUCAUCGUGGUGGCUAUUCCCGAAGGCUUGCCUUUGGCUGUCACUCUAACGCUGGCUUAUUCAAUGAAGCGCAUGAUGGCUGAUCAUGCCAUGGUCCGGAAACUAUCUGCUUGUGAGACAAUGGGGUCGGCCACAAUCAUUUGCACCGACAAAACGGGAACCCUUACUUUAAACGAAAUGAAAGUAACCGAGGUAUGGCUUGGAAAAGAAGUGAAUGAUGAUACAUCUAUGGAUAUGGCAAGCAACAUUCACAAACUACUCCAACAAGCAGUUGCUUUAAACACAACUGGAGCAAUUUACAAAGCACAUUCUGCAUCAGUUCCUGAAAUUUCUGGUAGCCCAACUGAGAAAGCAAUACUUUCAUGGGCAGUGAUAGAUUUGGGAAUGAAUAUGGAAGAAGUUAAGCAGAGCUAUGAGACAAUCCGUGUUGAGGCAUUUAAUUCAGAGAAAAAGAGAAGCGGGGUUUUGGUGAAGAGGAAGAGCGAUAACACUAUUCAUACUCACUGGAAGGGAGCUGCUGAGAUGAUACUGGCCUUGUGUUCAACCUUCUAUGACAGUGCCGGGAUGCUGAAAGCCCUGGAUGAGGAAGAAAGACUACAAUUUGAGAUUAUUAUUAAAAACAUGGCAGCCAAAAGCCUCCGAUGCAUUGCCUUUGCCCACAAAGAAAGGGUAGAUGAAGGUGGACAGGUUCCUAAGGAUCUUGAAGAAAAUGGACUCACAUUUUUAGGGUUGGUUGGCUUGAAGGAUCCAUGUCGGCCAGGAGUCAAAACAGCUGUGGAAUCUUGCAAAGCCGCUGGAGUUCAUAUCAAAAUGAUCACUGGUGACAAUGUGCACACAGCAAGGGCUAUAGCUCUUGAAUGUGGGAUUCUUAGUCCUGAUGGGAAUCUAGACAAUGAAGCUGUAAUUGAAGGAGUAAAAUUUAGAAAUUACUCACCCGAGGAGAGAAUGGAAAAGAUCAAUAGAAUCCAUGUAAUGGCCAGGUCAUCCCCUUUCGACAAGCUUUUGAUGGUACAAUGCUUAAAGCGAAAAGGCCAUGUGGUUGCAGUUACAGGUGAUGGAACAAAUGAUGCGCCAGCUUUAAAGGAAGCAGACAUUGGACUUUCCAUGGGAAUCCAAGGAACUGAGGUUGCAAAAGAAAGCUCAGAUAUAGUAAUCCUGGACGAUAACUUCACCUCUGUGGUGACGGUGUUGAGGUGGGGAAGGUGUGUAUACAACAACAUUCAAAAGUUCCUUCAGUUUCAACUCACGGUGAACGCUGCCGCCCUUGUCAUCAACUUUGUUGCAGCUGUUUCGUCCGGGAAGGUUCCAUUGACUGCUGUGCAGCUACUAUGGGUGAACCUGAUAAUGGAUACCUUGGGAGCUUUAGCCUUGGCUACUGAUAAACCCACCAACGAUCUCAUGGCAAAGCCACCUGUUGGCCGAUCAGAACCACUUAUAACCCUAAUCAUGUGGAGGAAUCUCAUUGCUCAAGCUUUGUAUCAGGUAAUUAUCUUACUGGUUUUACAAUUCAAAGGAAGAUCCAUCUUUGGUAUAGAUGAAAAGGUUAAGAGCACAAUCAUUUUCAAUACUUUUGUCUUCUCCCAAGUCUUCAACGAAUUCAAUGCAAGGAAACUAGAGAAGAAGAAUAUAUUCCUGGGUCUAUUCGAUAACAAAUUGUUCUUGGCAAUCAUUGGAAUUACAAUAGUUCUUCAACUUGUGAUGGUGGAGUUUCUGAGGAGGUUUGCCAGUACUGAGAGACUGGAUUGGGGGCAGUGGGGUGCUUGCAUUGGACUCUCUGCUUUGUCAUGGCCGAUUGGUUGGCUAAUCAAGUGCAUUCCAGUUUCAGGCAAGCUGUUGGCAUACCACAGGGCUUCUACUUCCUGAAAGACUAGCUAGCUCGGAUUGACCGGCGGCUUUCAGCAGAAAAAAGUUGAAAAAAGUGAUGUAAGAGUCAUUAUGUAGUCAGUUUUAAAGGAUUUUCAUUUUCUAUUAAUUAUGUUUCACAAUCAUUUUCCUUUUCCUA